UUGAUUAUUUUAAGUGUGAAUUGGUUGUGCGAGCUUUUCAAGUCGUUUUAAGAACAUCUAUGAAAUAUUCAAAUCAUUUUAUGUUUGUAAUCUGUACGUGAAACAUGGCACGGAUAACACAUCAUAUGAUGUUUUAUCUUUUUAUGAAUUUUCUAUCCAGUAACGCCGCCCAAAUUGCGAGUUUUUAUGUUGAAAAAACACACGAGUCUCCUAAAUCUUCUUGUGUUGAAAUCACAAAUAUUUUAGGUAUUGAGAGGUGCGCUGUAAAAUGUUUGAAUACCAUAGCUACCACUUAUAUGUUUAGCGUCAACAAGAAUCAACGCAAAUGCUUGUGCUGUCCUGAUUUAACUGGAAGCGACAUUACAGAUCCUGAAUGGGAAUCAUUUAUUCCACCUGCGUGCGCAACAGGAUAUGCUACGUAUAACUAUACAGAUAUCCAGAUUUGUCUGAAGUACGUUUCGGUACCAGCAUCUUAUCCAGAAGCAGCAGAGCUUUGUGAAGCUGAGGGAGGAGACCUCAUCAGACUCGAUAGUCAACUGAAACACGAUAUCAUGACGGACUAUCUAGUUCCCAUCGCUAAUGGUUCGACAAUUGAUGUUUGGAUUCAAGGAGAAAAAUAUGCAGGUGGUUAUAUUUUCCACGAUGGAUCUCCAUUUCCUACUGACUUUGGAACUGGAACUUUCUGUCCUGUUGAAUUGAAUUCCGAUCCAAAUGAAAUACGAUUUAGGGCACAUGGAUCAACCACGUUUGAAUGCUGGGAUAGAGCUCAACAUCAUCUUUACAGCUACCUGUGCGAAUACUCUCGUCGAUUUACCAUUUGAAAAAAAAAAAUAUGUACAUUUUAUCGGAGCAUUUAAGUAGAUCAACAUCAAUUUAAUAUAUAUUGAAUUUUAUAAAAUGUUUUGGCAAAAGAUCUUUGUAAUUAUAUCUCACAAUACGAGUGUAACCUUUAGUGUAAUCUUUUGUGUGGGCUUUUAAUUUUAAAAGGCAUACUAGUAUAUAAAAUACUCAAACUGAUAUAUCACACCUUUUUUGUUCUUGAAUUCUUGAUUUUUUUUUAGUAAAUGACGGUAAAUAUAAAUUAAUAAUGAACGAUAGUUUGAAGCAUUCUUAGCUGAUUAUCAUAUAACGAACUGGCUAUAAACGUAUCACGUCUGUAAGAAAAAUUGAAUUUAAAUAGAAAAAGCUGCAGAACGUUCACAUACUUAUUAAGUGGGUUACUAGCAGGAUCAAAUAAUUUGAAUGCGUAUUUAUGUACAAGUAUCGAAAAAAUCAAUAUUAAAGUUGUUGUAAUUUGCAUAUUUUAUGUAGAAUGAGGUUUACAAUACACUGUCUCUAUUUUCAACGUCGUCCUGUUGUAUGUUAACACCAUCUGAUUUUAAGUUUUGAACAUACUUUCUGGUAGAUAAUCAUCAAGUUUAUUACUCCCACUCUCAUCUAAGAUUCUGAUGAUAUA